CCGUAAACUCCACCCACCGGACGCGGGCUGCUCGUGGGUGAUUGAGGCGGUAAUGGUUAAAUGAGCCAGUUGCAGACAUGAAUAAAUAUUUAUUAACGUUUUCUGUCGUGGGUACGACGGUGGGUGCUGCCGUUUUGGUCAAGGAUUAUGCAACCGGUGGCACUUGUCCCAGUAAAGCCAAGAUCACUGGGAAAACCGUGGUUAUCACCGGAGCAAACGCUGGCAUUGGAAAAGAAACUGCCUGGGAACUGGCCAGGAGAGGAGGACGUAUUAUCAUGGGGUGUCGAGAUAUGGAGAAGUGUGAAGCAGCUGCUAAAGAAAUCAGGCGAGACACUUUGAAUCAUAAUGUCUGCGCCAGGCAUCUUGACCUCGCUUCCAUGAAAUCAAUUUCAAAUUUUGCAAAGAAAAUUAAUGAAGAAGAGGAGCGUGUGGACAUACUGAUCAAUAAUGCAGGAGUAAUGAGGUGCCCUCACUGGACCACUGAAGAUGGCUUUGAGAUGCAGUUUGGAGUUAAUCACUUAGGCCAUUUCCUGUUAACCAACCUCUUGCUUGAAAAGAUAAAUAGUUCAGCACCAAGUCGCAUCAUAAACAUCGCCUCGCUGGUUCAUAUAGCAGGACAGAUAGAUUUGGAGGAUUUGAAUUGGGAAAGGAAAAUGUACGACACGAAAGCUGCUUACUGUCAAAGCAAACUUGCCAACGUGAUGUUCACAAAAGAGCUGGCCAGACGGCUACAAGGCACCGGAGUGACGGUGAACUGCGUUCACCCUGGCGUAGUGGCCACUGAACUCGGAAGACACACCGGCAUGCACAAAUCUGCAUUUUCGAGUACCAUAUUGGGUCCAAUGUUUUAUAUGCUUGUGAAGACUCCAACUCAGGGAGCACAACCCAGUGUGUUCUUAUCUGUGGCAGAAGAACUUAAAGACAUCUCGGGAAAGUACUUUGACACAUUCACACAAAAAAGUCCAGCAGCACAAGCCGAAGAUGCGGACGUCGCCAAAAGACUUUGGCAAAUGAGCGCUGAACUUGUGGGCCUGAGUGAGCCCACUCCUAACCCGACAGGUGCGACACACCAAAUGAAAGAGCGGUGAGUGACGUGACUCCCGUUUCACCUGACCAUAAAUCUCGGAAUGGCACGCUGGGAAAGGAUCCUCCUGUUUGGCUGUUCACUUCUCAAUAAAUGCAUUUUUAGCCA